AUGGCGCCUGAUUUGAAGCCGUUAUUGUUGCCUCAACUCGUUGAGGAGCGCAAAAGGCUUGAAAUGUACGCCCAGCACACGCAAAUGCAAACGACGCAGCAGGCUCCUACCGAAUUCGAUCUCGCCAACAUUUACUAUACGACGAAUUCGUCCUCUUCCGACGUCGGUUCGCCCGUUACUCCAACUUUCUCUUCUCGCGGCCAUCUCCGCUACUCCAGCUCUGUCUCGUCACUCGAUCUGCCCUUCGCUCUUACCGAACCACCCUCGUCGCCUGCCCAAGUUGCGCACUCGGUCAAGUCAUGCGUGCGUCAACUGCCUGAUGUUGAAGAGGAGCCCGUGGAACGAAAUGACCUGGACCUUCCCGAAGGUCUUUAUGAUUGCGAUGAACCGUUUUGUGUACACCGUUCCAAUCCCAGCAUGAUUGAUCAGCAUUUGAGUCUGGACUAUGAGGACCUUGGCUUUAUGAGCGAUACCGAUUUGUCCGGCGCGCGAUAUAGGAAAAGCCUCCGGAUGGGUAGCGCGGAAGCCACUCUGGCGGGCAUCACCUCUCGAAUCGUCUUUCUGGGGCUCCGUGGAAAGCGUCGUGCUGCCUAUGCUCGACUUAAACGCCGUUGCGGACUCUGGCCGGAAUCUGGAACGCGAGCGGGCACUGGCCACAACUCCCCUUCUCCCCCUCUUGUAACGGAUGCCCCUCCUCAGGUGGACCCGCGACGACCUCAGUCCCCUACCCGCGCCCGAUCCGCGAGUGUUCUCGAGCGUCCCAACCCCGGCCCGCCUCUUGUCCGCUCGUCGAAUACAACUCCUGCGCUCAGCACGAAGCCUUCUUUGACGUCGUUCCGGGCCUCUCCCAUCAGCCCGGAGCUUCCGGUUCCAUUUCCCAACAUUUUGAAUGACGAUGAGUGGUCGGAUCGCCUCGGCCACGCCAACUUCACCAUUCUCCCUCUUCCGUACCAACCCGAAGUUGCCGACCUCGACAGUUUGAAGAAGCUACGCGAGGAUUGGGACCACGCCCGCACGAACUAUACUAAGCACCUCUUCCGUACGGGCGAGAAUUACGGCGAGACGAGCAAGAUUUACGGCCUUACCGAGCAAAAGUGGGCCGAAGUCGAACAAUCCUGGAAGCGUAUGCACGACAAGGCUGUCGAACAGAUACUUGCUGCUAGCACCGCGCCGCAAUCGGUCUCCCAGCCUAGAAGCCGGAGCCGGGGACGGGGUAGGGGCCGUGCUGAAAGCACCCCUCCCAAAAAUGUCAUCAAUGACAUCUAUGCCAGCAUGGAAUGGAAGCGAUUAGAGGACACCAAGCCAGGAGCCUUCCCUAGGAUAGCGGAAAGCGCCGACGGAAGGCGCAUCAGGCUCUGGAGAAACCUUGUUGACAAGGUUGGCCUCAAGAAGUGA